UCCAGCUCACUUCCCAAAUUCUUUUUCUUUUUCUUUUUCUUCUUCUUCUUCUUCUUCUUCCUUUUCUCUCUUAGGGUUUCACAGAAGAAGAACAAAACCUUCUGUGACCACCACCUCCACCACCGCUACAGCCACCACCGCCGGUGUUUCAUCACUGAUUACAGACCAUAAACCAACCAGUUUGAAGAGAUCUCUCUUCUAUUUUAUACAGAAGAUGGCGAUGGAAGUCACACAAGUGCUUCUCAAUGCACAAGCAGUAGAUGGUGCAGUGCGUAAACAUGCUGAGGAAAGUCUUAUGCAGUUUCAGGAGCAGAACCUACUUAGUUUCUUGCUAUCGCUUUCAAGUGAAUUAGCGAACGAUGAAAAGCCUAUUGAAAGUCGUAAACUAGCAGGUUUGAUAUUAAAGAAUGCUUUGGAUGCUAAGGAACAGCAUAGGAAGUUUGAACUGGUACAGAGAUGGUUGUCGCUUGAUAAUGCUGCUAAAGCUCAGAUUAAAGCGUCUUUGUUAAAGACUCUUACUUCUACUGUACAUGAUGCACGGUCAACUGCGUCUCAAGUCAUUGCAAAGGUUGCUGGAAUCGAGAUGCCACAUAAUCAGUGGCCAGAGCUUGUGAGUUCGCUCUUGGGUAAUAUUCACCAGCUCCCUGCUCAUGUCAAGCAGGCUACUCUUGAGACUCUUGGUUAUUUGUGCGAAGAGGUAUCUCCAGACGUCGUAGAUCAAGAUCAAGUAAACAAGAUACUUACAGCAGUUGUUCAGGGUAUGAACUCUACAGAAACAAACAAUGAAGUCAGGCUUGCUGCUACACGAGCAUUAUAUAAUGCCUUGGGUUUUGCUCAGGCUAACUUCACCAAUGAUAUGGAGCGGGACUACAUCAUGAGGGUUGUUUGUGAAGCAACUUUAUCACCUGAGGUGAAGAUACGCCAGGCGGCUUUUGAGUGUCUGGUUUCCAUCUCGUCAACCUACUACGACAAGCUAGCCAUGUACAUGCAAGACAUCUUUAAUAUUACUGCAAAGGCUGUGAGGGAAGAUGAGGAGCCUGUUGCCCUUCAGGCUAUUGAGUUUUGGAGCUCUAUUUGUGAUGAAGAGAUAGAUAUCCUAGAAGAAUAUGGAGGUGAUUUCAGUGGUGACUCAGAUAUUCCCUGCUCUUACUUUAUCAAGAAGGCUCUUCCUGCUCUUGUUCCUAUGCUAUUGGAGACUCUUCUUAAACAGGAGGAGGAUCAGGAUCAGGACGAAGGGGCUUGGAAUCUUGCAAUGGCUGGGGGUACAUGCUUGGGUUUGGUUGCUCGUACAGUAGGAGACGACAUUGUUCCACUUGUCAUGCCUUUCAUUGAAGAGAACAUAACAAAAGCAGAUUGGAGGCAGAGAGAGGCAGCCACAUAUGCCUUUGGUUCCAUCCUGGAGGGCCCCGCUCCAGACAAGCUUAUUUCCAUUGUUAAUAUUGCUCUAAACUUCAUGCUCAGUGCCUUGACAACAGAUCCAAACAACCAUGUGAAGGACACCACUGCAUGGACCCUUGGAAGAAUAUUUGAAUUCCUUCAUGGAUCGACUACAGAUACACCCAUCAUUACCAAUGCAAACUGUCAACAAAUUAUAACUGUUCUACUUCAGAGCAUGAGAGACGUUCCUAAUGUUGCUGAGAAGGCAUGUGGGGCUCUCUAUUUCUUGGCUCAGGGUUUUGAAGAUGUUGACACGAUGUCCUCUCCUUUGACUCCUUUCUUUCAGGAGAUUGUAAAGGCCCUUCUUGCAGUUACCCAUAGAGAAGAUGCUACAGAAUCUCGCCUACGUACUGCUGCAUAUGAGACUUUGAAUGAAGUUGUUAGGUGUUCAACAGAUGAGACGGCUCCACUGGUGGUGCAAUUGGUUCCCGUGAUAAUGAUGGAGCUCCACCAAACACUUGAAGCACAGAAGCUCUCAUCCGAUGAGAGAGAGAAGCAGGCUGAGUUUCAAGGACUUCUUUGUGGGUGCUUGCAGGUCAUCAUUCAGAAGUUGGGUGCAUCUGAAACAACCAAACAUCCAUUCAUGCAGUUUGCUGAUCAGAUGAUGGGUCUUUUCUUGAGAGUAUUUGCUUGCAGAAGUGCAACGGUGCAUGAGGAGGCGAUGCUUGCAAUUGGAGCUCUUGCGUACUCUACUGGGCCAGAUUUUGCCAAGUAUAUGCCAGAGUUUUACAAGUAUUUGGAAAUGGGUCUUCAGAAUUUUGAGGAGUAUCAGGUGUGUACCAUCACAGUUGGCGUGGUCGGAGAUAUAUGCAGGGCACUGGAAGAAAAGAUUCUUCCUUAUUGCGAUGGCAUAAUGACACAACUUCUGAAGAACUUGUCGAGCAACCAAUUACAUCGAUCCGUGAAACCACCCAUUUUUUCAUGCUUCGGUGACAUCGCCCUGGCAAUCGGAGAGAACUUUGAGAAGUACUUGGCCUAUGCCAUGCCAAUGCUUAAAAGUGCAGCAGAGGUUUCAGCCCAUGCAUCUGGCUCUGAUGAUGAGAUAAUUGAGUACACCAACCUCCUAAGAAAUGGAAUCUUGGAGGCAUUUUCAGGAAUUUUCCAAGGCUUUAAGGGAUCUCCAAAGACUCAUCUUUUGCUGCCGUACUCCCCUCACAUUCUUCAGUUCUUGGAUAGCUUGUACUUGGUGAAAGACAUGGAUGAUGUUGUUAUGAAGACUGCGAUUGGGGUACUUGGAGAUCUAGCUGACACUCUGGGUAGUAAUGCUAGUCCUUUGAUUCAGCAGUCUGUGUCAAGUAAAGACUUUUUAAAUGAAUGCUUGUCAUCUGAUGACCAUUUGAUUAAGGAAUCUGCUGAAUGGGCUAAGUUGGCUAUUAGUCGAGCUGUUUCUGGUUGAGGGGCAGAUGAUGCUCUCUUGGCCUCACCUCGAUCUAUCUUUACAGUUUUAGAAGUCUGUCCCUGCAUGCAUUGCAUUGCAUUGGGGGUGUGUCGUCAUGCAAAGGUUCAGGAUUGGAUUUCUGCAUACCACCAUCAUGUGUCACGCUGCUAAUCAUCAUUUUCAUCGCCACAACAGUGAGUCAGGGUUGUCAGUUAGUCGGUCAGUCACUAACUCUGGUGUCAGUACACACCACGGAGGAGUCAGGGUUCUUCUCAGGGGGGGAAGCAGGUUGAUGAACUCACAUAACCACACACCAAAGGAGAUGGAAACAAAGUGUGGAGGAGUGAGGCAAAGUUGAAACUGUGUUCUAUUGGGUUAAUCUCAGCUGUGUCCAGUUUCUCGUCGCCACAGCCUAGGUCUUUGCCAGGGUGGGUCUUUUGCAUUUCAUAUCUUACUAUCACCACCCCCAUCAAGUGUUGCUUCCACUGGGUGUAAUUAUUCGAUCACGGUUCCAAGUUCGCUUGGAUGGGAAGGAUGACACCCUAUAGAGUCAGUUGAGGCGUUGCAGAUCUUAAGACCACCUCCUGCGGCAGCUACACAUUCACCAUUCUCAUUCCUAUUAACUUUUUUUUUUUUCUUUUUCACUCCAUUUCUUUUUUGGUCCCCAAAAAGAUUAUGUAUUGUGUCUUGCAUUAUUAGAGUCAAGUCAGUCAGUCAGUCGGUUGCAUUUCACCUCUUUCACACACACAAACACAAGUCUUUAUAUUUUUAUAAAUAUACUUGCUCAUACAAUGUGGUGGAUUAUUGUAUUUUUUUUUUACCCACAUCCAGGUUUGAGCUCUGUCAAGUUUCAUUCAGGUUGUUACUUUAGUAGGUUGUCUCUGUUUGAAAGUCAAGUGUUAAAUAUCAUGCAUUCAUUUCAUCAAAUCAUAUGCUUUAUUGUUCCAGUCUUUGUUGCAAUUAUUAUUUCUAUAUUUUUGUUUCUUUUAAAAGGAUGUGUAAUCAUCAUCAGACUUGUGAUCAUUUCUCUAGAGUGUUUUUUUGUCAGAAGUUUCAAGAGGAAUGAAGAAAGGCAAAACCAAACAUAAAAAAGGAAAGAAGAUUUUCUGUCCGGUCUGUUUUUUUCUUUUGUUAUAAUACGUCAGUCAUCUUUGAGGAUGGGAACUUUUGUCCAUCUCUUGCAAGUUUGGCUUAGCUUGUUCGGAUUCCAAAGUGAAAUAUAAUUUCAAUAUUUUUUU